GGCCUCCCCCCCCCCCCCAAUUGCUUGAGAAAUGUUUGGCCUCAUCGAAAAGUCCAGUGAGAAAAGUGACCAGUUGCCUGUCCAAAUCUGUGUCAAAUCACUCCAUGAUUUGCCAACGUUGGCUCAUCCGCUGCCUACCUUACUAUCAGUGUUCUCACGGUACCUUAUGCGUACUGCUUCUCUCAUUGGGGUUCUGUAAUUCUCAAGGUUGCUGCCGUCUACUUGAGAACCUACUCCUAGCUGCAAGAUAUGGGCCUUUAAUGGAAACAAUAAUGAAAGACGUUGUAGAAUCCGAGAAGCUUUAUAGGGAAUAUACAGGUUAGGCAUAGAUAUGGUCACCUCAGAUAGGGUGGCAUAUGACCGACACGCAAGGUAUGAACGCUUGCCCUGGUGAAGCUGAUUUUUGGCCCAUUUUGAUGUGAAGUCUUUCAAUACAUUUCUAAGAGGGGAGGGUCCUAGUCUCUGAAAUACCAAAUAUCAAGCAAGUAUGUCAUAGAAAGUUGAUAUAACCCUAUUAAUCACACGAGGUGGCGGCCUCACUGAUA